AUGAGUACUUUUGAACCUGUCGUUGUCGUUGAUGGUAAAGGUCACCUUUUAGGUCGUCUUGCUUCAACUGUUGCCAAACAAAUCUUGAAUGGUCAAAAAGUUGUUGUUGUUAGAUGUGAAUCUUUAAACAUUUCUGGUGAAUUUUUCAGAACAAAAUUAAAAUAUCAUGAUUAUUUAAGAAAAGGUACUAGAUUUAACAAAACUCAUGGUCCUUUCCAUUUCAGAGCUCCAUCAAGAAUUUUCUACAAAGCUGUUCGUGGUAUGAUUGCUCAUAAAACUGCUCGUGGUGCAGCUGCUUUAGAAAGAUUAAAAGUUUUUGAAGGUGUUCCACCUCCAUAUGACAAAAAAAAGAGAGUUGUUGUUCCACAAGCUUUAAGAGUUUUAAGAUUAAAACCAGGUAGAAAAUAUACUACUGUUGGUCAAUUAUCUGCUGCUGUUGGUUGGAAAUACGAAAACAUUGUUUCUAAAUUAGAAGACAAACGUAGAGUUAGAGCUGCUGAAUAUUAUGCUAAAAAGAAGGCUUUAACUAAAAAAGUUGAAUCUGCUAAACAAUCUCAAGCUAACUCUGAAGUUUCACAAAAAUUAUCAGCUUUAGGUUAUUAA